CAACUUGACGUGUUUCCCGGAAGUACAACAACAAGCCCGGUGUUCGCCUCAUUGUAUCAUGACGGCUGUGAAUCUCACAGAAUUACCUCUCCCCCAGCUCGAACAGCUGAAAAAUCAGCUAGAGCAGGAGACAGAGUUCCUGACAUCCUCUAUCGGACAGCUUAAAGUUGUACAAACGAAGUAUGUUGAGGCUAAGGAGAGUCUGAAUGUACUCAACAAGUCAAACGAAGGAAAAGAACUACUUGUUCCUCUCACAAGCUCUAUGUAUGUGCCUGGAACGCUGAAUGAUGUGGAGAAUGUAUUGGUAGAUGUGGGAACUGGGUAUUACGUAGAAAAGAAUGUAGACGACACCAAGAACUUCUUCAAACGAAAAAUCGACUUUCUCACCAAACAGAUAGAGAAAAUUCAGCCAGCACUGCAAGAAAAACACAGCAUGAAGCAAGCGGUGGUUGAAGUCAUGAGCAUGAAACUACAGCAGUUACACAGCCAACAGACACCGUCAUCGACGACAAAGGCCUAGGAAACAAGCGUAUAGAAGAAGAUACACCAUACACUCUCACAGACAGGUUUUCUUGCCAAAAAAGUGCUCAGCAGUAGAAUAGAUCUGAAUGACUUAACUGUCAGGGAUGUUGAGUGGACACACAAUAGUGUUGUCUUAGGACAUGUGUACACACACACACACACACACACACACACACACACACACACACACAAAGCAGUCUCAGACUCUCUAACCUAGACACAUGUGACCUCUGGAACCCCAGUGUAGAGGCACAGGUGACCUCGGACUGCAUACCUGUCCGUCAGCAUAGUCUGUGUUUGUAAGUAAGAGACUCGUUUAGUCCUGAAGACUGUCUCAGUGUGUUAUGUGAUCACUAAAUUAAUAUUUGCAUACAUUCACAAAUGAAUCAAUAAAAGUGCUUCAAGUGUCUUAAA